AUGUCCGAUCACCAGAAGCGGGGUAGCUCUGACAAUAGUGGCCGUCCAAAUACACAACAGAAGCCCAGCAACAAUAGCGACAACACCCCUACGGACUCUGAAAAUGGCUACCAAAAUCAACAAUCUCUAGCAUCACGGAUUCAGAAUUCAGCUUCGGGACUUGCCCGGAAUGCAUUCCUCUCGUCUGCUUCCUCCGGUGAUACCGCGCAUCUGCUCUCAGACAGUAGCAAGGCUACAUCAUCUUCAUCCUCGUCAGCCUUAGCAGCCGCGGAACAUUACGGAGAAACAAUUGGCCCUUCCUCAUCCUCAUCGCGCGACCAGCCUUUCCACCGGCCUGCGGAAACCUUCAAAUCAUCUUCCACGACGCAAUCCGGAGGGGUUGAGAUACCUGCGCUCACGGAAGAUGAAUUCCAGAACACAUACGGUGGAGACCUGGCCGGGACGAUUGAUGAUUUUGAUAAAGGCAAGGGGAAGGGCAAAGGAAGAGGGCGAGAUUUAGGGCCUGAUUUUACAAGCUACCAUGAUGACACAACAGCGACGCCAACCUUAGUUCCAUCCGACGGCGAGGCCGUAAUCUCGAUUCUUAGCGAUCAAAACUUCGAUCCGGAUUUCCCUCCCACUGCGAACGAGCCUCCAGAAUACCUUGAAACAGAACUAUUGCCCUCUCACCUCACCCCAGACGAGGUCCAAAUGAUCGAGUCGUUCCGACGCCAGUUACCCGAGUCAACAGGACCCCAGAACAACACCGAUCAACCUCGCCAACUUAAUCCCCUCAGCCUCGUCCCAGAUAUUGGGUCAUUCCUAGAUACAGUUCCUGCGGCCUCAGCGACAGAUCCGAGUACGAGUCAGGCGACGUCCCUCCGAGACACGGUUUUGACAAGUCUGCCUGGCGCUGCGGACUGGAUCUCCGUGGAGGAAAAAUACCACGACGAGGUCUGGGGCUACUUACGACCUACAUUGGAGGCGGCUGCCAAGGAAAUAGAGUCCAAUAAGGAUGCUUCCAGCACCGAAGACGGGCCUGCUGUUCGACGACUGAAGAUGAUUCUGAGCCAUAUGCAGCAUUGA